AUGUCGGAGCUCAGUGAUGAAGCCAGUGAGCCAGAGCUCCUGAACCGCAGCCUGUCCAUGUGGCACGGGUUGGGCACGCAGGUCUGCCGGGAGGAGCUAGACGUCCCCUUGGAUCUGCAUACUGCCGCGUCCAUUGGCCAGUAUGAAGUGGUGAAGGAGUGUGUCCAGCGGGGAGAGUUAGAUUUGAACAAGAAGAAUGGUGGUGGCUGGACCCCGCUGAUGUACGCCUCCUACAUUGGACACGAUACCAUUGUGCACCUGCUGCUCGAGGCGGGGGUGAGUGUGAAUGUGCCGACCCCGGAAGGGCAGACUCCACUGAUGCUGGCCUCCAGCUGUGGCAACGAGAGCAUCGCCUACUUCCUCCUCCAGCAAGGUGCAGAGCUGGAGAUGAAAGACAUUCAGGGCUGGACUGCCCUGUUCCAUUGCACCAGUGCUGGGCACCAGCAGAUGGUCAAGUUCCUCUUGGACAGUGGUGCCAAUGCUGACACGCGGGAGCCGGUGUACGGGUUCACACCUCUGAUGGAGGCUGCGGCCGCGGGCCAUGAGAUCAUUGUGCAGUAUCUUCUGAACCACGGAGUCAGAGUGGACACGCGAGACCACAGUGGUGCCACGGCCCGGAUGCUGGCUAAGCAGUAUGGACACAUGAAGAUCGUGGGCCUGAUAGAUGCCCGAGCGCCAGCUCUGCCCACGAGCCUCUGUCGGAGCCCAGAAAAAUAUGAAGACCUAAGCUCCUCUGACGAGACCUACCCGGUUCACCAGAGGCAGAGGCCAUGCCGGAAGAAAGGCCUCAGCAUCCAUGAGGGGCCCCGUGCCUUGGCCAGGAUCACUGCCAUCGGCCUUGGGGGCAGGACCCCACGGCCUUGCCACGAGCAGGUGCCUCCACGAGGCUAUGUCACCUUCAACAGCAGUGAUGAGAACCCCCUGGAAGGGGAGGCCCUCUGCUACCGGGACGUCACCUCCCCCAUCAACGACCGGGAUGUGGAGAGCAGCAGCAGCAGCAGCAGGGAAGAGCACGCGUUCUGUGCCAACUACGGGCCCGCCCGGAGCAGCAGCAGCGAGGGGCUGGCCAGGGCCCAGGGGGUGAGCAGCGAGGCGUCUCUGGAGAGCAAUGAGGAUUCAGAUCAUGCACGAAGCAGCUCUGUUCGCAAGCAAACGAAAAGCUACGUGAAGACCAAGAGCCGCUACUGCACCGGCGACAGCCAGCCGUCCCCCAGCACGGGCGUGGCCAGGGCCGCAGCCUGCUCCUCGGGGCCCAGCCCCCAAACCCAGAGGCCUCCCUACUCAGGACCGCAGGACCUUGCUUCCCUGCUGGAGCAAAUCGGAUGUCUGAAGUACCUGCAGGUGUUUGAGGAGCAGGACGUCGACCUGCGUGUCUUCCUGACCCUCACCGAGAGCGACCUGAAGGAGGUCGGCAUCACGUUGUUCGGGCCCAAGAGGAAGAUGACCUCUGCCAUAGCCCGCUGGCACAGCAGCGCCCGCCCCCCCGGGGACGCCCUGGAGCUGGCCUACGCCGACCGGCUGGAGGCGGAGAUGCAGGAGCUGGCCAUCCAGCUGCACAAGCGCUGCGAGGAGGUGGAGGCCAUGCGGGGCCAGGUGUCGCAGGAGCAGGAGCUGCGUGCCGUGGUGGAAAGCUGCCUCCUGGAGCAGGACAGUGCCCGCCAGGCUGCGCACGCCCAGCUGCAGGAGACCCGGGCCCUUGCCCACACUGCCACCCUCGCCAUGGACCGGCUGCGAGCCUGCCAGAUGGAGCUGUCGGCCCGGAUGAGGGAGGAUGAGGCCCCGGGUGGGACGGCCUUGGCCCCAGUCGUAGCCACUGCUGACUGCAAAGGCUGGCAGGCAGCCCUGCAGGCCAUGAGCCUUCCCGAGCUGUCGGGGGUCCUGGAGGACUGCGUCCGGGAGAUGGGGCAGGCACUGUGCUCGGUGACACAGAGCCUGGGGAAACUGCAAGUGCUGAACGGGACACAGAACCGGCGGGAGCCGUAG